GAACGUUAUAUAUCUCAACAGGGGCGUUCACAGAUAAACAAAAGCUCAAAGAGUUCACAUGGUCAUCAAUGGCAGAGUUAGAGAACCCGGUUGUCAUGACAAAUCUUAUCGCUUUUCUCUCUUCUCUGCUUCAAAGAGCGGCUGAAUCCAACGAUAUUAACUGUCGACUCCAGCCCCAGAAAAUUUCUGUUUUUCAUGGCCUAACUCGCCCUUCUAUCUCCAUUCAACGCUACUUAGAGAGAAUUUUCAAGUACGCGAACUGUAGUCCCUCUUGCUUCAUUGUUGCUUAUGUUUAUCUUGAUCGGUUCGCCCAAAGGCAACCCUCGUUGCCCGUCAAUUCUUUCAAUGUUCAUCGUUUGCUUAUCACUAGUGUCAUGGUUGCCGCAAAGUUCAUGGAUGAUAUGUAUUACAGCAAUGCUUACUAUGCAAAAGUUGGAGGAAUCAGCACAACAGAGAUGAACUUUCUUGAAGUAGAUUUUCUGUUUGGAUUGGGGUUCAGCUUAAACGUGACACCCAACACUUUUCACACUUACUGUUCAUAUCUUCAGAGAGAGAUGAUGCUGCAACCUCAACCACCAUUAAAUAUUGCAGAUUCAUCUUUAAACAUUGGAAGAUCACACUUGUGUUUCAAUGAAGAUGAAACCUCACACCAAAAGCAGCAGCAGCUAGCUGUUUAAGUCUUAUUGUAAACUGUUAGUGUAGUUAGAUAUGAAGUUGUACUGAUUCUUCAGAAGGAGACAUGGAGCAUGUGCAAUUACAGAUUGGAAGUUUAGACUUUGGAAACACCAUGAAAGGGAAAGAUGGGAUGCUACCACAUACCCCACCUUGUAAAAGGGAAACUGGUUUGGACUUCCAAUUCCAACAGUCUUAUUAUUAUAAUUGCCAUAUUGACCAUUCUUAGAACACAUAAAACAGUUGUGUUUAUGCCAUUUUAUUUACUUUUUGUAUUGCUUUUAUUUUGAAGUCACUUGUAUGACCAUAUUCUUAUAUUCGAAAUCUAGGAGAAAAAAGACCAAGACAAUUUUUCGUCUUUUGUUAGCUUACCAA